CGAUCCGACCCGUAGAUGUUGACAUGCUCUAAAGAGGAGGCCAGGAUGGUUCUGGAUGCUCCGAGCGCCAACGGGCCCUUUCAGCCUGUGGCCCUAAUGCACUUGAGAGAUGUUCCUCCGGCCGAGCAGGAGAAGUUAUUCGUGCAGAAGCUGCGUCAGUGCUGCGUUCUCUUCGACUUCACCUCUGACCCCUUGAGUGACCUGAAAUGGAAAGAGGUGAAGCGUGCGGCGCUCAGCGAGAUGAUGGAGUACAUCACCCACAACAGGAGCGUCAUCACCGACCCCAUCUACCCCGAGGUGGUGCACAUGUUUGCAGUCAACAUGUUUAGGACGUUACCGCCAUCAUCCAACCCAACCGGCACAGAGUUUGACCCCGAGGAGGAUGAACCCACGCUAGAAGCGUCCUGGCCUCACCUGCAGCUUGUCUAUGAAUUUUUCCUGCGGUUUUUAGAGUCGCCAGACUUUCAACCAAACAUAGCCAAGAAAUACAUCGACCAGAAGUUUGUGAUGCAGCUUCUGGAGCUGUUCGAUAGCGAAGACCCUCGAGAGCGUGACUUCCUGAAGACGACUCUUCACCGAAUCUACGGGAAGUUCCUGGGUCUCAGAGCCUACAUCAGGAAACAGAUUAAUAACAUUUUCUACAGGUUCAUCUAUGAAACAGAGCAUCAUAACGGAAUAGCCGAACUACUGGAAAUAUUAGGAAGCAUCAUUAACGGCUUCGCCUUACCGCUGAAAGAAGAGCACAAAAUCUUCCUUUUAAAAGUGUUGUUACCUUUGCAUAAAGUCAAGUCCCUCAGUGUUUAUCACCCACAGCUGGCGUACUGUGUGGUGCAGUUUCUGGAGAAGGACAGCAUGCUCACUGAGCCGGUGGUGAUGGCUCUUCUCAAAUACUGGCCAAAGACUCACAGUCCGAAGGAAGUGAUGUUUCUGAACGAGCUGGAAGAGAUCCUGGACGUCAUCGAGCCGUCAGAGUUUGUUAAAGUCAUGGAGCCGCUCUUCAGACAGCUGUCCAAAUGUGUCUCCAGUCCACACUUCCAGGUCGCAGAGCGAGCUCUCUACUACUGGAAUAAUGAGUACAUCAUGAGUUUAAUCAGCGAUAACGCGGCCAGGAUCCUGCCCAUCAUGUUCCCCUCACUGUACCGCAACUCCAAAACCCACUGGAACAAGACGAUCCAUGGGCUGAUCUACAACGCUCUGAAGCUCUUCAUGGAGAUGAAUCAGAAGCUGUUUGACGACUGCACACAGCAGUUCAGGGCCGAGAAGAACAAAGAAAAGGUGAAGUGGAAAGAGCGCGAGGAGGCAUGGAUCAAGAUCGAGAAUCUCGCUAAAUUAAACCCGCAGUUUCUGCAGUACAUCGACUCCAGCAGCUUCAGCGGUCCGAUGGACAUGGAGACGGACGGACCGCUCAUAGAUGAUGACAAGAUGCUGAAGAAGACCGUAGAAGAAGAAGCCACUCAGAUCCACAGAGACCAGCGUAGAGAGCGUCCUCUGAUGCGACGCAAGUCCGAGCUGCCUCAGGAUAUAUCCACCGUGAAGGCCCUCGAGACGCACCGGCGAGCCGAGGACAUGAUCGCUGCCCAGGACGGCCUUUAGACGACCACAGACGCCCGAAAACCCAGUCCAGUCUCAGCCGGCCGAUGAUGGCUCACGUCUGGCGCUUGGCUUUUUAGUCUGGAAACGCCUUGAGAUGUAUUUUGCAUCUGAAUCGAGUACAAACCCUUCCGUUCGUGUCCAGAUACUUUGGCAAUAAGUUCGUCCAGGGAGAUUUCGGGUGUUCAAACAAUGGUGGUUAAUCAGCAUUAAAGCCUUUCUUUGCAUAGAGUGCCUUUUUAGCUAAAGGAGAAAGUAUCGUCAGGAAUUCGCUUGUGGAAAAGCAGCCACAAUGGGAGCCGGAAAAAACCCCAACUUUUCCUGAUAAACUUGAACGACGACUUCUGUUUUCUAGGGUUAGGUUUGCGACGGAUCCGUCUGAACCAUUGUUUGAACCUCCAUCGGGUUUGAUCUUCAAAGUGUCCUUUAGUAUGCGUCCCCCACUAAACGGCGUCAUCUGAUAUUGUAUAUAUUGUAAUCCAUCUAUUAUUGAAUGGUAAAUCUCUUAUUUUGUAUAAAUUUUCUCAUGUACAGAUGAAAACGGUUAUUAGCCACUUGCGUUAGAAACAUUUAGGGUUUAAUUUCUAAUGUUUUUUUUUUUACUAUUUGUAUUUGAGAACAGCAUUCAGCUGUGUGAUGAGAUCCAUCAUAAAAUAGCCUUCAUAUGUGCUUUUCACCAAAUCUCAAGUGGUAUAUGUCUACAUACAGAAAAUAAAGAAAACAUGUUUUAUAUUUUCAUUUUAUAAGAACGUGGUAACUGUA